GUGACACCAAAGGUGGGAGGGCAGUGACGCCGGACCUGAGAACCGUCCCUCCCUUCUCCAUACGCUCCUCUUCCUCUACUAGGAAUGUACCGGAGAGUCAGGAGGCAAGGGAGGAGGCCCCCAGGAGCCAGGUCCCCAACGAAAGUGCCAAAAAGUGCAUUGGAGUCGCAAGUCAGGAUUACUCCUCUGUGCUCGAGGAAGACAAUGGACCCCAAAAGGUCUGUGUGGCAACGACUCUGGUUCACCACACGAGGGCGACAAACACCAACAUGACAGAGCUUCACCUUAACGAUGAUGAGUGCGCCGUGUGUAAAGACGGCGGGGAGUUGAUUUGCUGUGACGGCUGUCCCAGAGCCUUCCACCUGAGCUGCCUACAGCCUCCACUCACAUCAAUACCGAGCGGGACUUGGGAAUGUCAGUGGUGCCAUGGCAACAAGCUGAAAAUGGAGACUGGCAAGGCCCCUUAUCAGUUUUCAGGCGGGGGUGAUGGUGCCGUGUGCGCUGUUUGCCUCCUGACUGGAGGCCAGCUAAGCCAAUGUGCUCAGUGUCUGCGGUGCUACCACCUCCAAUGUCACUUCAACAAGGAGAGGUCUGUCUGCUUAUCCUGCAUCCUUCUCUCAAACCCACACCCAGAGGAAAGGCCUGAGUCUGGGGCCGCAGGGUUGCAGGUGGUUCAACAACUAAAUGUGCAGAACUUCUCUUUCCUUGAUUCCAUCAUCCAGAGGGAGGAAGUUGACUGUAUCAUCGGAGAGGAAUCCAUGGAUGGGCUCCUGCAGUGGGCCUUUCACAGUGUCCCCUGGCCCCUGGCUGACUCGCAGGGGCCCUACCAGCUAGGGGGAGACACCAGGCUCCUGCCUGACUCUCAGGGGCCCUCCCAGCUAGGGGGAGACACCAGCGGGCCCCUGCCUGAAUCUCGGGGGAUUUCAGAGAUAGGGGUAGUUACAAGCAGGCCCCUACCUGACUGUCAGGUUCCCUGCCGAGUUAAUACCAGCAACACCCAGCAUGGUAUGGAAAGCCCUCUCAUAUAGCUUCAGAGUUACAUGCAUAUUCUCUCUUCUCUAUUUUAAUUAUUCAUUUCCUAGUUGUAGCAUUAGCAGGGUUUUGAUUAUGUUUUCUUUAACAUGCAUGUUUGCUGUGAUUGUUUGAGUUUUGGUGUGUCCAGUUAUGGCGUGUCGCCUGUUGAAUGUGGUUGACUAGUUGAUUAAACAAUGAAUGAAGCUGUUCUAAUGGCUGACUGUAGAUUAACAUUUAAUGCACUUGCUUAAAUGAGGAACAGCCCGUUCUUCCCUAUCUCUAUUAUACGUAUUAUAGCAACGCUUUUGGAGGAAACCUGUGACUUCCGCUAUCGCUCUGGAACAAAAUCGGAAUCCUUGCAGCACUUAAUUUACACCUGAUGUUUUUUUUUCAAAACAGAGAUAACGUUUUGUCUAGACGUUUGUCUAAGCCAUCUAUCAUUCCUCUAAUCCCCUUUUUCUUUGAAUCUAUAAUUCAGCUCCUUCUUGUGAGCUUCCCUUGCUUGGCACCUUUUGCAGCAUCUCGAGUGAAAAAAUCAGUUUUACCAGAUUUGCGCUCUCACUCCCUUUGGAUUCUGACAGCCCUCGAUAAGGGCUUGCUUAAUACGUAUUCCUAAAUCGACAUACAAAUAUGCACAUACAUUAACAUAGGUACAUACCUAUGUAUAUUUAUAUACCCUGGCACAUGAAGGCCCUAACUUUACCGCACAUCAACUCAAAGCACCCUCCCAAAAAGAACAAAUUGCAACCGCCCAAAUGCCUUGCCCGUGCAUCGACAAGCUUCAUCAUUAUUCUCAGGCUUUUGUUCUCAUUAUUUCAAUCUGGGAAAGAAUGUACAUUCACACAAUGCACCAGAUGGUUCGAGUUUGAUAUGGUAUGCAUAUGAGAAGCACGAGAAAAAAUGGCCUCAAUUGAACAGGAAUUCCUUGAAGACUAUCACUUAGAUGUGGAAUGUUGUUUUUGUCCGGGGAUUCGGGAGUUUUAGCAUAACUGCAGAAGGAUGGACUUCUGCCAAGGCAGCCAGAGGAUUCUUUUUCUCCCUCGAUCCCUUUGGGUUGCCAUGGUUUCCGAUAGCUCCACACCACAAAACAAAGAGAUGAGUUGGAGUUGAUCUCCUUGCCAUUGUGUACAAAAUCUGUAAUAUGUGUAUGUAUAUUUUUCGUUUGCAGACUUCAACUCCAACUAAUGCUCCGAAAUCCCAAAAUAAGAGUAUGUUGAUAGAUCACGUUGAUUUGUAUUAAGACAAUUUUAAUUUAAGAAACGAAAGAGUUAAAAUGUACAUAUUCCCUUCAUGGUAAUAGCCCCUCUCUCUGUUGACAUGCCACUAAAGAUCAGUGUAUUAUAUGAUUAUGAAACAACAUGAUCCCUGUAUCACAUCACACCUCGAGGAUUAUAACAAUUCAAAACCUCCCUACAUGUUAACCAUUUGUCAUGCAUGGCGUUCUAUACAAAUUACUAUCCCAGCCCACAGGUCAGCUGAAACAUUGAGGAACCACACAUUCCUCUACAAUCACAGAGAUGCAUGGCAUCGUAUCUCAGAAGCCCAACAUGACCCCAUUUAAAAACACAUUUGUAAUCUUGCCGGCUCUCUGAUGGACACCACCUCCCACCUCAAGGGGGCCCUAGAAGGAUGUUUAGUGAUGGAUGUUUCAUUCAAAUGUUUCUGCUCUGAGUAAGCAGGAUGUAAAAAAACAAAACACAUAUAUUUACACACACUCAGUGUUAAGCCCUAAAUGAACAGACGCAGGCAGGCAGGCAGACAGGCAGGCAGGCAGGCACACACACACACACAGGCAGGCAGACACACACACACACACACACACACACACACACACACACACACACACACACACACACACACACACACACACACACACACGCAGGCACACACACACA